AUGUUCGCGAAUGUUGACAAUCCUGAAGAUUCUUCAGUCAAAAGCCAAGUUGAAGAGAUCAAAGCAAAAAUAGGAGUGGAAGCCCCCAUCUUUGUGAAGGCUAUGCAGCCAUCAAAUGUUGCCAGUGGCUUUUUGUUGGCAUUGCCUAAGCAAUUCUGCCAUUCGCAUUUGCCAUCCCAUGAUGCAACAAUAAUUUUACAAGAUGAAAGCGGGGAAAAAUACAGAACAAAGUUUAUUGUGCAAAAGGACAAGAGCAUACUGAGUAGUGGAUGGAGAAGGUUUUGCUUUGCUAACAAGUUAGUUGUUGGUGAUGUUUUAGUAUUCCACUUGGUCAGGCCUUUAAAGUUCAAGGUGUACAUAAUGGGAACACAUAGUUUAGCUGAAGUGGAAGCGGCUUUCAGCCUCUUGAAGUUCGGUUCCUGCACCAAACAAACAGCUUUUGAGGAAAUACGUCCAAUGCCUCUUCCAAAAGAUGUCUGUCAAGUUCAUAUUGAUGAGAAGACAACUACUGAUUUUGGUGAUGUUGAAAAUACCAAGGAUUUUACCAUUCUCGUGAAUGGUGUGAGUAUAAAUUCUUGUCUCUCCGAAGAGAUCAGAAAUAGGUAUUAUGAUCUAUGCUGCCCGCAAAGGUCAUUUCUGCACAACCAUUUCCUCGAAAGUAUUAAUGGUAAGUUAGCUGCUGAAAUAAUAACUGAAACUAUUAACAUCGCUAAUGCCAUUAGAGCUUGCAGGCUUUCCACCCCCCAUGGUGCUUAUGUAUUGUGGGAGAAGACUUUAGAUGCCUUUGAGAUUUUGGGUAUGAAUGUUGGAUUCUUACGUGCCCGGCUGAAGCGGCUUCUGAGCCUUUCUUUCAGGACCAAACAGGCUCUGAUAAGGAAAUCAAAGGAGGCUAAACUUGAGCAAGCUCGUGCAAAGGACAAGGUGAUAACUCUUGAAUCCAAGUAUUGGAAAUGGAAAGAGAGGAUGGUAAGUGCUGAUGCUAAGAUAGAGGCUCUAAAGGAAGUUGCAGAGAGGCGUGAACUUUUCUUCCAGGAAGAGGCUGUUGCUCCAUGGGGAUGA